AUCUGGUUUCCGUCUUCUGUCCUUCACAGUGUCUGGUGGCUUUGCUUCAAAGAAGUAGUAGCUUCAAACUCUCAUCGCAAACAUGGCCAAAAUGAGCAAAGAGACAAAGCAGCGGCUGCAGCAGGUCUUCCAGUGCGGACAGUUCAUUAUUCGGUGGGGGUUUAUCCCUACUGUCCUUUACCUAGGAUUCAAGCGUGGAGCCGAUCCUGGAAUGCCCGAACCCACAGUUUUAAGUUUGCUUUGGGGAUGAAGGAGCGAUGAUGAAUCUUUCCUGCAGAAGCGCAAACCGUCUCUCCAUCCAUCACUAAGCAGCACCGGGUGUUUAUUCGUCAUCACGGAGGACACACUAUGUCUGCACGUGUCCUUGAACUCAGAGCUGUUUCCCUUUUCCCUCUUCUCCAUCACUCUGUAUGAUUUUUAACAUGUCUGGACCAUGUGAUUAGAGUAUUUUGUAUUUUGUUGUUUAUAAGUUAUUCGCUUCGUUCAUUUCUGCUCAAACGCACGGUUUCAACGCCACACAACAUGAACGAAUAAAUGACAAAAUGGAUGAAAUUUUCA